GGCACCAUCCGUAGGUGCUUUUCUGCCAAAAUGGAGCUGAGCGAUGCCAAUUUACAGACCUUAACUGAGUAUCUAAAGAAAACGCUGGAUCCAGAUCCUGCAAUAAGGCGUCCUGCGGAAAAGUUUCUUGAGACAGUUGAAGGAAGCCAAAAUUAUCCAUUGCUGCUCUUAACAUUGCUGGAGAAAUCGCAGGAAAAUGUCAUCAAAGUCUGCGCAUCGGUAACUUUCAAGAAUUACAUCAAAAGGAACUGGAGAAUUGUGGAAGAUGAACCGAACAAAAUAUUUGAAUCAGACAGGAUAGCCAUUAAAGCCAACAUAGUGCCCUUGAUGCUGAGCAGCCCGGAACAAAUUCAAAAGCAGUUAAGUGAUGCCAUCAGUAUUAUUGGUCGGGAAGACUUUCCUCAGAAGUGGCCAGACUUGCUGACAGAAAUGGUGAACCGCUUUCAAAGUGGAGACUUCCACGUCAUUAAUGGCGUCCUUCGUACUGCUCACUCCUUGUUUAAAAGGUACCGCCAUGAAUUUAAGUCAAAUGAAUUAUGGACAGAGAUCAAACUUGUCCUUGAUGCCUUUGCAUUGCCCUUGACAAAUCUCUUUAAGGCAACUAUUGACCUUUGCAGCACGCAUGCAAACGAUGCCAGUGCUUUGAAGGUUCUCUUUUCUUCUCUCAUUCUAAUUGCAAAGCUGUUCUACAGUUUAAAUUUUCAGGAUUUGCCUGAGUUUUUUGAAGAUAACAUGGAAACGUGGAUGACAAAUUUUCAUAGUCUCUUAACUUUAGAUAAUAAACUUCUGCAGACUGAUGAUGAAGAAGAAGCUGGGUUGCUGGAGCUCUUGAAAUCUCAAAUUUGUGAUAAUGCUGCCUUAUAUGCUCAAAAAUAUGAUGAAGAAUUCCAGCCCUACUUGCCACGUUUUGUGACAGCAAUCUGGAAUCUGUUAGUCACAACAGGUCAGGAAGUGAAAUAUGAUUUGUUGGUUAGUAAUGCAAUCCAGUUUCUGGCCUCGGUUUGUGAAAGACCACAUUACAAGCAUCUGUUUGAAGACCAGAAUACAUUGACAAGCAUCUGUGAAAAAGUUAUUGUUCCCAAUAUGGAAUUUAGAGCUGCUGAUGAAGAAGCAUUUGAAGAUAAUUCUGAAGAAUAUAUAAGAAGGGAUUUGGAAGGAUCUGAUAUUGACACAAGGCGCAGAGCAGCUUGUGAUCUAGUCAGAGGCUUGUGCAAGUUCUUUGAAGGGCCUGUGACUGGAAUUUUUUCUGGAUAUGUUAAUUCCAUGCUUCAGGAAUAUGCAAAGAAUCCAUCUGUUAACUGGAAGCACAAAGAUGCAGCAAUAUACCUUGUUACAUCGUUGGCAUCCAAGGCUCAGACACAGAAGCAUGGAAUAACACAAGCCAAUGAACUUGUUAAUCUGACAGAAUUCUUUGUGAAUCACAUUCAGCCUGACUUAAAGUCAGCCAGUGUGAAUGAAUUCCCAGUGCUAAAAGCUGAUGGUAUCAAGUAUAUCAUGAUUUUUAGAAAUCAAGUAAGUUUUUCUUCUGUGAUAAAGUAA